AUGCUAGGCCUCCUGGGGAGCACAACCCUUGUGGGUUUGAUUAUAGGUGCUGCUGUGGCCGUUCUGCUGUUGCUGCUGCUGCUGGUCACCUGCCUGUAUCAUGGUCAGCAGGAAAACGAUGUGGAGAGAAACCGCCCAGCUGCAGGGGUAAACCGAGUCUUAUGGGCUGGGCCCUGGCUCUUGCGUGGCCGGGGCCACAUGGGACACCUUCACCAUGCCCAUCGUCCUGGCCAUGUGUCUCGCAUGCCCCAUGCUGGCCUCCACCACCACCACCACCACCGGCACCACUCUCCACACCAUCUCCACCACCACCACCCUCACCGAGGUCACCGAUGA